AUGCUUCUGAAAAGUCAUCUUCAUAUCGACCACAUUAUGCUCUAUUACUCCGAGAAAGGUUGGAACGUGGCAGAGUCAUUUCGCGAUCUCAACGAACUUUUCAGCGACGGCGAUGGAAAGUCAAGUACGGAUGGGGCCCACCCCUCCACCAUAUUCACUAACAGAAACUCCUGUGGAUUAUCACGUCAAUCGCCCAUUGAAAAAUUGGCUAACGAACAGAACUUUCGACGAAAUGGAUGA